AGGUCUGCAGUGAAGUUCAUAUACAAAUCAGAGCUUAAACUGAUAAUCAAUUUUAUUUGAAAUAAUACUGGAAAUAAAAAUUAUUUAUGGAUGAGAAAUGAUAAAUAAUUCAUUUUUGUCUCAUGCACUGUAACACAGAACACUCUAAAUGGAAUAAUUGAAUUUAAUCUCACAAUAAUGAAUAUAGUUUCUCGUUUGACUAGCAGUAGGUGUGUCUAAAUUUGGCUGGUCGAUAUUCUGUGGAGCAGCUUGGAUACCGUGUUCACAAAACGGAUUCACCCAAAUCCACGUCUGUGAUUGGUCGAAAUUGGCCUGUCUCCGUUUUGUUGCGCAAGUUGAGGAACACCAUUUUAACAGCACUUUGAGCAUAACCUGCCUUCUCCUCUCGUCUGUUCCUUUUGCUGAGUUCGUCGCUGCUGUGCAAGUAAAACCCAACUCCAAACUCCAAAAUGUACUCAAACAUUGCUAGAAUUGUUGGCCCAGCUGCCCGAUCUGCUCUGGUCUCAGGAUCAAGAGCCUACGUGAGGCCGCUCAGCAGUUCCGUCUGCUCACCCACCGCUUUCAACUCACAGAACACACAGAGCACCCCAACAACUGUCAGUUUGUUACCUGCCGUAAGGAACUUCCAGACAUCAGCUGUUUCGCGCGAUAUCGAUUCAGCCGCCAAAUUCAUCGGAGCUGGCGCCGCCACCGUUGGAGUCGCUGGCUCAGGAGCCGGUAUCGGAACAGUGUUCGGCUCACUGAUCAUCGGCUACGCCAGGAAUCCAUCUCUGAAGCAGCAGCUCUUCUCUUACGCCAUUCUGGGAUUCGCCCUUUCCGAAGCCAUGGGUCUCUUCUGUCUUAUGAUGGCCUUCCUGCUCUUGUUCGCUUUCUAAACAGCAUUUCUAAAUUUAGUUGAUUACAAAAUUAAGAUAAUUAUUGAAAAACAAAACAGGACUACACUGCCACUUGGGUUUAUUGAACCAGGUUGCAAUUAAAUUUUUACUUUCAAGGGUUUGGUAGCGAACUACGGAGUGGUUACGGCAAUGUAACGAACGUCGAUCGAUAAUGAUAUCGAUAUUUUUCAACUAGUGUUGGGGCUUGCACAUUAGCGGUUGAAUAUCGAUGAUGUUUGGUUUAAUUGGGGCAAACCUACAUCUUUCUUACACCGAAACAUCAUGUGUAAACACUCCUAGAUAUAAGUGUCAUCCCUCCUUCAGCAAUAAGCUUACAAGCUAGAUGUCGAAAAAUUUACCAUCUUUAUGUUAUAGUUCUACACAUAUAAAUUAUAUUAUUUUUUCAUCCAUCAAUGUUUCUGGGGUGAGUUAUUGUUGACAUUACAAUGCUAUUGAACUUCAAUUUUUGUUAUAAAAAAUCGGCUUAAUCAUCGUCUUAAUUGUUUCUUUUGAAACUUGGAUGAUAUGUCAGCGAGAGACAUUUCCAUUGUGUACAGUGUUAGAGAAAUAAAAAUAAUAUUAGUUGAUGACCUGUUAAAA